GGGAGACGCGGUACAUCCUGCUGCUAUGGCUGUCCAUCAUCGUGCUGAUUCCGUUCGACAUGUCGCGCCUGGACAGCAAUCUGCGCUCGCAGUCCGGCGAGUUCCGCAGACCUGUCAUGGACAGGAUCCUGGACGUGGCUAAGACCUACAUAGGUGUGUUUGAUACAGCAAGAGAGGCAGCUGCUUUCCUGAUUUCCAAGUUCCUGACCCGUCCUGAUGUUCAGAAGCAGCACCUUCCAGCCUUCCUAGACUGGUCCCUGGUCACCCUCACACAGGCUAACCCAACCAACGUACGUGACAUGGACAAGAUGAACGGUGUACUACAAACUUUGUCUCUGUUGUUCAAGCAUGGGAAAAGAGAGGAUCUCCUGACAUUUGCGCCUGUGGUUCUCAAGAAGUUGGUAUCGAUGAAGAUGGAGGACAGUAAGAACACUCUGCUGCGCAAACUGGCCAUCAAGCUGAUUCAGAGGAUCGGCCUCACGUUUCUCAAGACCAGGCUGGCUUCCUGGAGAUACCAGAGAGGUAGCCGGUCCCUGGCAGAGAACCUGCAGGUUGGCGGGCAGGGCGCUGUUGCCAAGGCAACGGUUGCUAUGCAGGAUGAGGAAGAUGAGGAUGACUAUGAUGUUCCUGAUGAGAUUGAAGAAGUCAUCGAACAAGUCCUCCGAGGCCUGAAGGACAGAGAUACAAUUGUACGCUGGUCUGCUGCAAAAGGGGUUGGUCGUGUGACCAGCCGUCUGCCAAGGGAACUGGCUGAUCAAGUUGUGGAAGAGGUUCUGGACUGCUUCAGUCUUCAGGAGGCUGACGAGGCGUGGCACGGCGGCUGUCUGGCCCUGGCAGAACUGGGGCGACGUGGUCUGCUUCUGCCGGCAAGAUUACCCAAAGUUGUGCCAGUGAUGCUGAAGGCCCUGACCUACAGCGAGAAGCGCGCCGGGUACAGCGUGGGCUCGCACGUUCGGGACGCGGCCUGCUAUGUCUGCUGGGCCUUCGCUCGAGCCUACGAACCUGAGGAGAUCAAACCCUACGUGCAGCAGAUCGCCAGAUCCCUCAGAGCUCUGACAUCAGAGGCGCUGCACAACCUGACUCCAAAAUGUCCAGACUACAUGGCAAAAACCAUACUCCCCAAGCUGCUCCCCCUCUGCACAGGAAUGGACUUGCCCACCCGUAGUGGUGCCAUCCUGGCCUGUGGUCAGAUUGUUCACGCCCUGCACAAACUUGGGCUGCAGAACAACCAGACUAUUACAGACGUUCUGGACAGGGACAUUUGGGAAGGGUUGGCAAAUGUUCCUGAGAAGCUUGAGGCAGCUCAGUUGUACAGAGGGAUUGGUUGUGACUAUAUGAGGCCUGCAGCAUGCAGUCUCAUAGAGAAGCUGUCCCUAUCCAAGCUGCCACUGGCUGGGAGCCCUACUAUCAGUGUGUGGCAGAAAGUGAUAGAUGACACUCUGAAGAUACUGCUGGCAGAAUACCAGGUGGCCAUUCAGGACCAUGCCAUCGCAGGAUUCGCAGCUCUGUGCGAUGAGUACUACAGAACAGAGGAGGGGACAGCUCUGCCUGACAUUCAAGACCCAGUCCUUGACAGCUACCUGGGACAGCUGCAGAAUGACAUGGCCUAUGCCAGGUGUGGGUUCAUCCUGGCUCUCGGACAUCUUCCCAAGUUCAUGAUCGCUGGCAAGCUGAAGAAGCUGUUGUCUGGGCUGAUCCAAGCAACAAAGAUCACACCAAAGGACAUGAGCAUGGCUGAGGCCAGGAGAGAUGCCAUCAAGUCUAUAAUAAGAAUCUGCAGUACCGUUGGCAUAGAGAAAGGGGGCUCCCCUGACUGUGUCAUCUGUGAGGACAACAUCAACAGUGUGUUCGACACGUUCCUCCUGGCCAUGGAGGACUAUACCACUGACAGGAGGGGAGACGUAGGCACGUGGGUACGUGAGGCGGCUGUUGUAGGAUUGGCAGAGAUCACCUCCCAGGCCUUACAGGUGGAUGCCGGUCUGAUAAAGCAGGAAUAUUGUGAGAAGACGAUUUUCAGCGUCCUGCAUCAGGCUGGAGAGAAGAUCGACCGAGCGAGGGUGGUAGCCGGGGAGACACUGCUACGCCUGCUGUACCACGACCCACCUGUUCCCCACAUACCACACAGGGAGGAGCUGCUCAGUCUGUUUCCGGAGAAAGACAAGGAGACCCUGAACUGGGCCAGUGCAGCGGAGUGUUACCCCAAACUGAUGCCAGUCCUGUCUCUGAAGUCCUACACCUACCCUGUGUUACUGGGCCUCACUGUGUCUGUGGGCGGGCUGACAGAGUCACUGGUGAAACACUCCAGCCAGUCUUUGAACGGCUACAUGCUGAAGAUAUCAGACAACGAGGAGGGUCUGACAGCCAUCAGUGAUACUCUACUCACUAUCUUCAAUAACUACCUCAAAGUCGACAGGGUCUCCCUUCCUCUGCUGAAGAUGCUGGACUUCCUAUUGGGCAGCGGCUGUUUUGAGCUGUUUUCUGAAGAAGAAGACCAUCCGUUCUCCCUGGCCCUACUGGACCUGUGUAAGAAGGAGAUUGCGAAGUCUGGAGACCCACAGAAGCUGCUGGCCGCCAUCGGAGUCUUCUGUCAGCUGGUGCAGUUCCCGGGAACCAUCCGGGAGAAGGUUCUGUUCCAGCUACUGGUCAUGUUGGGCCACAAGUAUCCUAAGGUUAGGAAGAACACAGCUAACCAGCUGUACGAGAUGCUCAUCACAUAUGAAGACAUCGUGUCUGAGGAAAACUUGGAUGAAGUCAUGACUCUUCUCAGUGAGAGCACCUGGGAUGACAACAAUCUAGAAAUGAUCCGAGGAAUAAGAAACCAGCUGUGUGACCUCAUGGGGGUCAAGAAGCCUAUCUCAAAGGCUCCAGCAAAGCCCAAGAAAGAGAAAGCAGGAGAGGAUAGAAUGUCCAGCUAUGCAGAUCUUGUUGGCAGACUGGGUUACUGAUGAGUUCCCUCCAUUCCUAUUGCUGCCGUCACAAUUGAACUGGAAGCAAGUGACCAAUUACAGAAAUUACAUUUAGGCCAUGUUGAUUUGAUUAUAUGGAUGACAUCCUCCGGGAACCCCAAAAUUGAUGCGCGUGUGCGAAUAAAAAAAAAGUUUUGCAAAAAAAAAAGUUGUUUUCAUUAUGAAAUCUACGUGGUCAUGAGGGUUGAACAAAUGGGACGGAAUAUGGUUUGGCGAAUAAUCUAGUCUUCAAGUUCAUUUCUUUACAAUUUCGUCUUUUUUCGUUUGAUUUUGGCAUUCUACGACAUUGGUAUGGUUUUUUUGUAACUUACGGUAUAUUUUUGCUCAUUUUGCAACUGUUUUGUACGAUUUACAGUAUGGUUGAAAACUUUUUUUUAUUGUUGAAACGGCCGAAAAUUCAUGCGCGCGCGGAUGUCAUCCAUAUAAUCAAAUCAACAUGGCCUUAGUGUGCUGUGAUGAUUUGCUAUUGCAGUACCAUUGCAUGAUGCCAGAGGGCACCUGUGAUCAAAAGUAUUCAAGCACAACAAUCAUUGUGUUGCUAUGUUGAUUUUAAAUACAUGUAUCAAACUUCUCCCGCCAUUAGGUAUAUAGUUGGUAAGAAUUUAACAAAUUUGAAUGUAUAAUUAUGAAUUAUAAGUCAAUGUACAAUGUGUAUCGUAAUACACACAUUAAAAUCUAAAACAAGAUAGAAGAUAAUUAAGAUAACUUCUAAUAUUACAAGCUUUCAAUUUUCGACUUCUUAAUGCCUAUGCAAGUCUGAAGUAAACUUUCCUACACUGAAUGCUAAGGUUAUGACAUUCCUGAAUCAUCUUUUGUCUAAAGCAACUACUAUUUUGUAUCAAGUUAUUUGUUGGCAUUUUAAAAAGCCAAGUGGCCGUCAAAUGAUUGUCACCAGUUUGUGUGUGAAUCUUGCUUGCAUUGCACAAGUGCAUCUUCCUGUAGAAACAUCCAAGCUUCGGCUGAAUGAUCAAUAAAUACUUGGUAGUAUAGG